AUGAAGGUAUAUUACAUAGGAAUCCUCAAAACGAGCGGCUCAAAAGCUGUUGAACUCACUUCAGCAAGAGACUUGUCACAAUUCUCCUUUUUUGAAAGAAAUGGGGUAUCGCAAUUUAUGACUUUUUUUGCAGAAACUGUAUCUCAGAGAACGCCAGCUGGUCAAAGACAAUCUGUUGAAGAAGGAAACUAUGUUGGUCACACGUAUACCCGAUCUGAAGGUUUAUCAGCAGUCAUUGUUACCGACAAAGAGUAUCCAGUUAGACCAGCAUAUACAUUGAUCAACAAGAUCUUGGAAGAGUAUCUUUCAUUGCAUCCCAAAUCAGAAUGGGAUAAUGUCGAACAAACAAAUAGCAAAUUAGAAUACCCUCAAUUGGAACAAUACUUGAAAAAAUACCAGGAUCCAUCCCAAGCAGACUCAAUAAUGAAGGUACAACAAGAAUUGGAUGAUACCAAAGUUGUGUUACACAAGACCAUUGAGGGCGUGUUGCAAAGGGGUGAGAAAUUAGAUGCAUUAGUGGACAAAUCUGAGGCUUUGAGUAGUUCGUCGAGAAUGUUCUACAAACAGGCGAAAAAGACCAAUUCUUGUUGCAUCAUCAUGUAA